ACACCCCACACAUUAAUUUGGUUAUUUAGGCUAUGUAUUUUUCGUGUGUUCGUGUGUGUUCUGUUAAAAAAUUUGAAACAAAAAUAUUUUUCAUUUAAUAUAACGCCCUUUAUUGUUUGUUUGUUUGUUUGUUUGUUUACGCAGGAAAUUGAACUGUUGUGCGGCCGCGUGAGCGCGCACUUAACGGUUCUGCGCGCGGUCUGGAGUCGGUCGCUCCCACAGACUCACAGAGGCUCCUCACAGCAGCAUCACCUCAGCAGCGCAGGGUUCAACUCACAGGUGCUCUUCUCUGCUGCUGUUUAUAAAAAAUAACCUGCCACUGAAAGUCUUUAUUUAAUUUUGUACAGAAACUAUAAGCGCUCCAGGUCGAUCACUGGGAGACGAAUUCAACAAACACACCCAAGGAAUUAACGGGAUUUGUACCUGGAAGAUGUGUGGUAUGGACGUGGAUCUGGACGAUGGCGGUUCAGGGGAGGAGGAGAAAGAGGAGGAAUUCUGGGUCGGGGAGGGGGUGAAGAUGCUGCCCCCUCCCGUGGCCCACAGUGGCGGCAGUGCAUGGGGCAGCCGCAGGGGCAGGUGUGGCUGCGUGGCCUGCGGGGCGGCUCUCAUCCUCUGGAACCUGUGCAUCGUCUUAGCGAGCGCUCUGCUCCUGGCUGUGGUCUUCUCUGUGGUGCUGCUGCCUGCGAUGGUGCUGCUCUAUGCCGGUUUCCUCUGCCAUUCAAGGGUCCUUGAUGCCCCAUCCGCUAUCUGCCGUUACCUUGACGACAACAGCUGCUCCGCCCUCAUUAUCCUGGGCUUUGUGAUGAUGUCGCCACUCGUGGUUGUGGCGGCCGCAAUCUUCUGCGGGCUUCUCCGAAGGUUUCGACUCCUGCUUCUCAUUCAGCCGAUCUCACGUGCUUGGUACCGAGGGCGGCUGCUAGACUGGGUGAGCAGCGUUCAUGCCUGGGUCUGAUCGAAACAGAACAGGAGGCGCAGAGGGUUGCAGGAUAACAAUCAGGAUUGAUCAGAAAGUUAGAUCAGUGUGAUAUCAACCAGAGAGGAACAAGGGGUAGCGAAAUUAUCAGGAGAAUCAUAGAAUAUGAUGCAAUUCUAUACAAUAGUCCUAUAAUGAAUCUAAAGCCGGAGAUGAGUUUUUGUUUGUCAGAGAAAUGUCAGAUCAAAUAGAUGGUAGCCUGUUAAGGAAUAGAUUAAUAUUUUGGGAAAUCACUCUUAUUUGCUUGGUGAGAGUCUACAACCGGCAGACAGUUAGCUUAGCUUAGCAUAAAGACUGGAAAUAGGUGAAAACAGCUAGCCUGACGCUGACCAAAGUUAAAAAUUUGACUACCAGCACCUCUUAAGAGCACUAUUUAACAUGUACCUUAUGUUUCCUUUGUUUAAUCACUACGUAAACAGAAAUGUAGCAACAACAAGUUGUUGUUUUAUGGGUGGUCAUGUACAGGACUAUUUCUCAGCCAGGACCAGUCACUUCCUGGAGUCUGUGCUGUCUCUGGCUGGCAAAUGACAGGACUCCAUUUUAACACCUUGGUUUUGUUCAGAUUAAACAAACAAGAUAUAACGUGUUCAUCAGUGAGCUGUAGUGGUGCUGGUAGGUGGAUUUUAUCAGCUUAAGACAUAUCCAAGCUAGCAGUUCCCCCUUGUUUCUAGUUUUUGUACUUAGCUAAGCUAAUUGCCUCUUGUCUCUAGCUUUAUACAUCAGUGAGAGUGGUAUCAAUCUUCUCAUUUACCUCUCAGAAAGAAAGCGAAUAAUUCUGUUUUCCAAAAUGUUGAACUAUUUCUUCAAGACCAAGUAUUGUGGUUUUGCUAAAUUGGAUUGUAUACAGAAAUAUGGCUUUUAUUUUAUCUACCCCCGCACAUUUCAUAUUGUGAUUUGUUACAAGUACAAAAAAUAAGAUUGUACUUAAGUUCAUUGUAGCAAUUUCCACCUUAUUUGGCUUUGGAGUAGAAACUGGCUAAUUUUCUGUGAUUAAUAGAGUGAUGUCUUUGUACGUUAACCCCACAUUGAAAAAUCACAAAGUUUCCAAAACAUAUUGUGCACUCAUUUUAUCUGAGAGAACAAAAUGCAUCCUGGGACAGUCCAGAGAGAAAAGAACCACUUAAAUCUUUAUGGAAAAUAAGUGUAGGCUGUCACACAAAUAACACUCAAAGAAUUGUCAUUUUGAUGAAGUUAUAAUUUGAGUCACAAACUGGUUUAUGGUGGCAGAAUUCAAUUACACUUUGUGCAUAAAACUGAUAUUUUUGUGACCCAGCUAUAUUGACAUAGUUACAUGUGGCAUAUUCUCUGAAAUUUAUUGCUGUGACGUUAUUUGUGGUUACGCAUUAGAAGUCUAGCAAGAAGUCAAAACAUAAUUGCAAACAUCAUAUUUGGUGAUCUGCUUUGAGUUUAACUUGAUCCAGUAUUUGGGGCUCAUUUUCCUGGGACGUUCAAACACUCUGAAAAACAGGGUGGAUGAUGUAAAUGUUUGAUACAAAGCAGCGUAUGAGGACUUUAAUAUUGUCUGUGAGGUGGAUUAAAUGGAACAGGUUUGAAACAGGUUUAUCUGAUGUAGCAUCAUUAGCAGUCUCGUGUUGUGUGGGGGAGGGCCUACAUGAAACAUUUAAUUUUAGUGGAUCUUUUAGAUCAUAUUGUGCCAUAAAAACACACUUUUCAUGAUCAAAACAACAGAAGUUGACAGUAAGACAAAGUAAUGGCUGUUUAGUGGGAGCCAGGUAUUAAGGAGGGAUUUUAAUUAUCAGACCAGGAACUCAUUCUACUGCCUCUUUGCUUUCAGGUUAUUUAAAUUCAUCAGCGACGCACACACACACACACACACACACACACACACACACACACACACACACACACACACUGCACAUCCUUUUUAUCAGCAUGUCCUGGCUCUGUAAUUAAGUGUUCAGAUUUGAGAUUUCAUUUCUCAGAAGAAAGUCUUAAAUCACAUUUUAUGAGCAGCAGGUAUUACAUGCCCUGUGCUGUUGGUAUCAUAUUGAAAUGUGUUUAUUUUUUAUUUAAAUGUAUUUAUUUGUGUUGUCUGUUUAUGCCCCAGUUUUAUAAUUUAUCCCCCAUUGAUUGUAAAACCUUUGUUAACAUUUAUGAAUAUGUGUUGGUUCUAGUAUUUGAGAAAAAUGUACAAAAAAUAGUUUAUUUCUUUCCAGGUUAUAUGCGAAUACAUAUCACACCUAAAAUAAUUGAAAAGAUUACAGUGGCCAAUGUAGGUUUUUUUUUUUGUUCAGCUUUUCAUUUUAGUGUUUAGUGACCUUCCAUCAAUAAAAAGAUGACCUUUUUUUCCC